AUGGUUACUCUCUCAAAGCAGGUGCUGCUGAGGACUUACCCAGAUCACUACGACCCGGAAGUAGUCGAUGUAGCCUGGUGCAACCCUUCCAGCAGGAAACAGCAGGGCAACAUGGAGCAGCAGCAACUGAACACAAGGGCAAAGACACGUGGACGGAAGGGCCUGGGCAGAAGAGCCUGCAGGGGGGACAAGCCAAAUCCAGCCAAGCCAGAGCCAGCCCAGCAGGAGCCUCUCAACACCAUGAGGGCCUUGUGUGAUCAAGGUGAGGACCACGAGACUGGCCAGCAGGCUGGUGAAGAGGGACCCUUCUCUGAUUGUUACAUAGAGUGCAUAAUACGAGGUGAGUUUUCUGAACCCAUCGCAGAAGAGGACAUUCUUCUUAAGUCCUUCAACUACCUGAAGGAAAGAUCAGAGCAAGAGCUUUCUCAACAGGUCCUUAAAGCAAGCUCAUUUUUUGAAUGUUCCUUGCAAUACACGAAAAAAGGGGCCAAACAAGAGUUUCCUCCACAGAAUGUCAGAGAGAAAUCACUUGUUGAGGAUUCUGAGUACACACCAGACAAGAAGCUUCCUCCUGAAGAAACACCCAGCACUAACUUAUUAAGUCCUACCCAGCUUGCAGAAUUUGCUAGAAAUAAGCCAAGAAGAAGUGAAGGAUGGGAUGCUCCAGAAAAGGUUGUGUGUCCUCAGAGUGGAUGCAUGAGACAGGUGGGGACUGGACGGUCCCUGAGAAGGCAUCUCCUCCUUGUUCAUGGUCCCCGAAAUCAUGUGUGUGCAGAAUGUGGGAAAGCAUUUUCUGAGAGCUCAAAACUGAAAAGGCAUUUCAUGGUUCAUACUGGAGAGAGGCCUUUUCGGUGCACUUUUAAAGGGUGUGGAAAACGCUUUUCCCUGGACUUCAAUUUGCGUACCCAUGUACGUAUCCACACCGGGGAAAGAUCUUUUGUGUGUCCCUUUGAAGGCUGUCACAAGAGCUUUGUUCAGUCAAAUAACCUGAAAUCUCACGUCUUAACUCAUGAAAGACCAAAAAUAAUCAAGAAGGAGAAGAUAGCAAAUAAUCUUCACACAUGA